UUCCUCAGUCCCCUUCGCCGCACUCAGCUGCCACUCAGGAGCCCGAGGACGCGAGCGCAGGUCUGUCUCCGGGGCCCCCGACUGCAGACGCUGCCAUGGCCCCCGUGCUCAGCAAGGACGCGCCGGACAUCGAGAGUAUCCUGGCUUUAAAUCCUCGAACACAGACUCAUGCAACUCUGCGUUCGACUUCGGCCAAGAAAUUAGACAAGAAACAUUGGAAAAGAAACCCUGAUAAGAACUGCUUUGAUUGCGAGAAGCUAGAGAAUAAUUUCGAUGACAUCAAGCACACGACGCUGGGUGAGCGAGGAGCUCUCCGAGAAGCAAUGAGAUGCCUCAAGUGUGCGGACGCCCCGUGUCAGAAGAGCUGCCCAACGAAUCUAGACAUCAAAUCCUUCAUCACCAGCAUCGCAAACAAGAACUAUUAUGGAGCUGCCAAGAUGAUUUUCUCGGACAACCCCCUGGGUCUGACCUGUGGAAUGGUGUGCCCAACCUCCGACCUGUGUGUGGGCGGCUGCAAUUUAUAUGCCACGGAGGAGGGGCCCAUUAACAUCGGGGGCCUGCAGCAGUUUGCCGCCGAGGUGUUCAAAGCAAUGAACAUACCCCAAAUCAGGGACCCGUCUCUGCCUCCCCCGGAAGAGAUGCCCGAAGCCUAUUCGGCAAAGAUCGCUCUUUUUGGUGCCGGCCCUGCAAGUAUAAGUUGUGCCUCCUUCUUGGCUCGAUUAGGCUACUCGGACAUCACGAUAUUUGAAAAACAAGAAUACGUUGGCGGGUUAAGCACUUCUGAAAUCCCUCAGUUCCGGCUGCCCUAUGACGUAGUAAACUUUGAGGUUGAGCUGAUGAAGGACCUUGGGGUGAAGAUAAUUUGUGGCAGAAGCCUUUCCGUGAGUGACAUGACUCUCCGAACUCUGAAAGCAGAGGGGUACAAAGCCGCUUUCAUUGGCAUCGGUUUGCCAGAACCCAACCAAGACCACAUCUUCCAAGGCCUGACACAGGAGCAGGGCUUUUAUACGUCCAAGGACUUUUUGCCUCUUGUCGCCAAAGGCAGUAAAGCAGGAAUGUGCGCCUGCCGCGCUCCGCUGCCGUCCAUCCGGGGGGUCGUGAUCGUGCUCGGAGCCGGGGACACGGCCUUCGACUGCGCCACCUCGGCCCUGCGCUGCGGGGCCCGCCGCGUGUUCGUCGUCUUCCGGAAAGGCUUCGUUCACAUCAGAGCCGUCCCCGAGGAGAUGGAGCUCGCUAAGGAAGAGAAGUGUGAAUUCUUGCCCUUCCUGUCCCCGCGGAAGGUCCUGCUCAAAGGCGGGCGGAUUGUGGGCAUGCAGUUGGUGCGGACGGAGCAGGACGAGGCGGGAGUCUGGAGGGAGGACGAGGAGCAGCGGGUGCAGCUGAGAGCCGACGUGGUCAUCAGUGCCUUCGGGUCCGUCCUGAGUGACCCUCAAGUGAAAGAAGCCUUGAGCCCUAUCAAAUUUAACAGAUGGGGUCUCCCAGAAGUCGACCCCGAGACGAUGCAGACCAGCGAACCAUGGGUGUUUGCAGGGGGUGAUAUCGUGGGAAUGGCUAACACGACCGUGGAAUCGGUGAAUGAUGGAAAGCAAGCCUCCUGGUUCAUUCACAGAUACAUACAGUCCCAGUGCGCAGCCGCCGUUCCCGCCAGGCCCGCGCUGCCCCUCUUCCACACGCCCGUCGACCUGGUGGACAUCAGCGUGGACAUGGCGGGGCUGAGGUUCAUCAACCCUUUCGGCCUCGCCAGUGCGACGCCCGCCACCAGCACCACGAUGAUCCGCAGGGCCUUUGAGGCCGGCUGGGGCUUCGCCCUGACCAAGACCUUCUCCCUGGACAAGGACAUCGUGACGAACGUCUCGCCCAGAAUCGUCCGGGGGACCACCUCCGGCCCCUCCUUCGGCCCCGGGCAGAGCUCCUUCCUCAACAUCGAGCUCAUCAGCGAGAAGACGGCUGCCUAUUGGUGUCGGAGUGUCACGGAGCUCAAGGCCGACUUCCCAGACCGCGUCCUCAUCGCGAGCAUCAUGUGCAGCUACAACAGGAACGACUGGAUGGAGCUCGCCAGCAUGGCCGAGGCUUCCGGAGCGGACGCCCUGGAGCUGAACCUGUCCUGCCCACACGGCAUGGGCGAGAGGGGCAUGGGCCUGGCCUGCGGGCAGGACCCGGAGCUGGUGCGGAACAUCUGCCGCUGGGUUCGCCAAGCGGUUCGCGUCCCGUUUUUUGCCAAAUUGACCCCCAACGUCACGGACAUCGUCAGCAUCGCGAGGGCUGCCAAGGAAGGUGGCGCAGACGGCGUUACCGCCACCAACACGGUCUCGGGCCUGAUGGGACUCAGAGCCGACGGCACGCCCUGGCCGGCAGUGGGCGCCGGGAAGCGGACCACGUACGGAGGAGUGUCCGGCACGGCCAUCCGGCCCAUCGCCCUGAGGGCCGUGACCUCCAUCGCGCGCGCUCUGCCCGGAUUUCCCAUUUUGGCCACGGGUGGGAUCGACUCGGCCGAGAGCGGCCUUCAGUUCCUCCACAGCGGAGCGUCCGUCCUGCAGGUGUGCAGCGCCGUCCAGAACCAGGACUUCACGGUGAUCCAGGACUACUGCACGGGCCUGCGCGCCCUGCUCUACCUGCAGGCCAUCGAGGAGCUGCGGGACUGGGACGGGCAGAGCCCAGCCACGCCGCGCCACCAGAAGGGGAAGCCGGUCCCUCGCAUCGCUGAACUCGCGGGAAAGAAACUGCCAAGCUUCGGGCCUUACCUCGAGCUACGCAAGAAGAUGAUAGCGGAGAGCAAGGUGAAGCUGAAGGGAGAGGACGAAGCCUGUCAGCCCCUCCAGAGACAGCGUUUUACGCCCAAAGCGCCCAUUCCCGCCAUCAAGGACGUCAUUGGGAGGACCCUGCAGCACCUGGGCGCCUUCGGGGACCUGAGCACCGAGGAGCAGGUGGUGGCCCUGAUCGACGAGGACAUGUGCAUCAACUGCGGCAAGUGCUACCUGACCUGCAACGACUCCGGCUACCAGGCCAUCCAGUUUGACCCCGAGACCCACCUGCCCAGCGUGCGGGACGCCUGCACAGGCUGUGCCCUGUGCCUCAGCGUCUGCCCCAUCAUCGACUGCAUCCGCAUGGUUGCCAGGACAACCCCUUACGUGCCAAAGCGAGGCCUGCCCCUGGCCGUGCAGCCCGGGUGCUAAGGUGAUUGGCGGGGCCAUCUGUGGCCUCCGGGCCCCCGUGCUGAUCUCUCUCUCUGCGGUGGUUCGGUCCAGCCCUCCCAACAGGAAAACAGAGGCGUCAUUUCUAGAUAAGCACUGAUCUCUGAGUAAAUGCCUAAAUCACAUAUUAUUAAAAAAAAGAAAAAAAAAGAAAGAAAGAAAGCCAGCCUGCUACCAGGGGCCGUUCGAGGAGCGGUCCUAACUGAGUCAUUCUUCUCUGAGGACAGUUGCUAAUCACGGGGUAGCGGUCAGUUGGGGGUCACCCCGCAGCCGUUCAUGGUGCAAAACAUGCAUGUUUGGUGGCGAUGAUGCCACCGUUUCCAAACCGCCCUGGGCCGCGCUCCGUGACUGCUAAUUGUGAGCGAAAUUAAGGAUUUGAGGACAAAGUACGAUUUAACACAUAAGAAGUUUCCAAGGAAACAUUUUAUAAUUUAAAAAUCAACUUAAUUUUCACACUGUGUCUAAGCACACAUAAUUAGCUCCAGAAAUCACAGAUGAAGGGAGUCAAGUGAAUUCCUCACCGUGGCAGGAGAAAUCCGCGAAAGGCCGUUUGCACAGCCUUGCAAAGGCCCCCUAGCGGGGAUCGCUUCCCUGGGGGCUCGGCCGGAAGGCGGGGGGAUUUUAACGGUUCACGUCGCUCCGCCAUUCGCGGCUCAGGCCUGAGACAGUCACCAGUGAAUCCACAGGCCUUCCUCCUUUAGACACUUAAACUGCAUCCCCGACAAAGUGCGGGGUUGGAGCGGCGCUCGGGUGCCGCCCCCCCGCCCGAGGUCACGACCACCUUCCGUAGCGCACUCAGCGUGGGCCGCACCACCGGGCAGGCGGUCCGGGGCUCGGUGUCGGGAGGGAGGAGCGGGGCUGGCGAUGGGUGUUCAGGGAGCUAAGCCUUCAGCUGCUCGUUCGUGUUCAGAUCGAACCUCAGGAAUCAUGAAACCAAAGAAAUCUAUUUUUCUGGUAUUGCCACACCAUAUUUUUGCAUUUCUCUAUUUUCAUAAUCAGCCAACAGCUCCGUAGGACGCAGGGACCUCUGAGUCGUAGCCUGUUUCACAGGGAUUCACACGUAGGAAGUCGCUAGGAAGGACACGUGGCGUGUUUCUGUGACGAAUGCGAGGUCUCGAAAAAUACCAUGCCUGAUGCUGCACGCUUUAGAAAUGAGCAUGUGACACAGUCUAUGUGAUCGCAAACCAUCCAAUAAAAUGU